AUGUUUGCCAACUCCGUCCGCCAGGGUCUCCGCGUCGCUUCGCGCCAGUCGGUCCGCGCCUUCUCGACCCAGCCCGCUCGCGCUGCUCCCCGUUACGGUGCCGUCGCCGCCGCUGCCGGUGCCGCCGUUGCUGGCUUUGCUCUCUACCAGAGCACCCAGGCCGCUCACAUGGAGGGCGCCAAGACCAUCGCCGGCGAGUACAAGACCGACUCGGAGCGCUCGUUCGUCAUGCCCGACGGCAUGUCGCGCCAGCUUGUUGGCAAGAUUGUCCAGCGCUUCGAGGAGCGCGGCUUCAAGCUUGUUGCCAUCAAGUCGCUCGUCCCUUCGCAGGACCUCGCCAAGGAGCACUACGAGGACCUCUCGGCCCGCCCCUUCUACGCCGGCCUCGUCAAGUACAUCACCUCGGGCACCCCCGUCGUCGCCAUGGUCUGGGAGGGCAAGGACGUCAUCCGCCAGGGCCGCCGCAUCGUAGGCGCCACCAACCCCCAGGAGUCCGACCCCGGAUCCAUCCGUGGCCAGUACGCCGUCUCUGUUGGUAGGAACCUUAUUCACGCUUCGGACUCGUUCGAUGCCGCUACCAAGGAGAUUGGCCUUUGGUUCACCGAGAGCGAGCUCCCCGAGUACACGCUGAAUCUUGAAAGAACCAAUGCAACUUGUGAAAGUGCUGAAGCUUGUGGCUUUACUGCCCUGCCAUUAAUAUUGUGCUGUCCUUUCAAGUGGGUUCCGCACAGUCUGUCGCCUGUCGCCUAUCGAGAUGCUGCCACUGCACCCUUCGUGAUGCAGUGGCCGUUGGGUGGCACAGUCCGUGGCACAGUCCGAGCCGCGGAAUCAAGAUGGGAUGGACCUGUGAGCACUUUUCCGCUUCACCACCAUCACCUGCUCCCUUGGCCAUCACCACCGCCACCACAUCCUCCCAUCUGCCAUGCCCACGGCUCCCCUACCCAUCAGAUGGAGACCGUAUUCCCAAGCUGGGCAUACCUUGUGUCCAAUCCUCCUGGGCGCAGCAAGAACCAGCCUUACACGAUAGGCAGACAGCACAAGUCAGGCAUUCUGCGUAAUUCACGCUCUGACGGACUCCUUAUGGUAGAGAUUAAGACCGACCAUAUGCUGUAG